GGGAAGCGGUGCAUUCUUGCAAGCAGUAUAUUCUUGCAAGCAAUGUUGCCAAGAUCAAGAGAAGGUCUCAGAGGAAACAACCUAACUUAGAGGAAGAUCAGAGGUCUGGAAUCUCCCAGAAACCCUAGCCCACCUGGGAGGAGGGGGUCUUUUCUGAGCACCGUCCAGCCCAGGCUGCCUCCCAGGGGAAGUCCUGGGCUACACUAUGGCCUUUAUAAACUGUCACAUGAUCCUCUCGGUAGUCAUUGUCGUGACUAUCAAAGUUACCGGUACAACCUUUUUUCUCCUUUAUCUGCCACAGAUUUUCCCUCCUGUCCUUGAAAGGAGCCUCAAUUCCACCAGCACGGAGAAAAGCAUAACAGCACCAUCGAUAUCUCCCACUACCUUUGAAGGGACCUUCAACUCUACCAUUAAAAACAACAUUACUGUCUGCCCCAUUCGGUGGGAAUAUGAAAAGGGCAAAUGCUAUUUCUUCUCUACCAAUGAAGAAAACUGGAAUAAAAGUCAGAGUUCGUGCCUUAAGGAAGGGGCUACAUUGGCAAUUAUCAAUAACUCAGGGGAGCAGAAUUUUCUCCAGAACAGAGCUGGCGUAGAGCCAUAUUUCAUUGGCCUUCGGUAUAACUUUUCACAAAGAAAGUGGAGGUGGAUUGAUGGUUCAGAAGACUUUGUGGUCACCAUGUCAAUUGACCCACCAGGUUUUGGCUGUGGAACUAUUGGGGUCAGUAUCAAUGUGGAGGAUUCAUCUUGUGACAUUUCUCAUCGAUGGAUAUGUGAGAAGAUUGCCCCAUAAUCCUCUUUAUUUUGGCCCAACUCCCUAAAAUUAUGAGAGAGGGAUUUACCUCCCUAACGUACACCAAGGUCAUGGGAGAGCCAAGAUCAUGGGAGAGCCCUCACUGGGGAAGUGAUUCUCCAAACUUCUCUUCAUUCAGUGGCACACUGAGAAAUUUCUAGGCCAUCUAGGAGGGAACGCUUCACCUUCUCUGGACACAGAAAAGAUGGUUUUGUUUGGAAGGAGAAAUGCCCGAUACUUAGAAAAAGAGACUUGAAGGUAGGGAUUCAUGAGGAAAAAUUCAAUAGGUACUCUCCAUCUCUCUGUACACGUGAUCAUCUAUAGCUAAUGUACUUUAUUUAGUUUUAUUUUCCUUUUUCUUAAUUGCCUGAUAAAAAAUAUUUCCAUACCAA